GACGGUUACACUGAUCGAACCACACGUGCAACCAGAACGGCAAUAAAAGAAAUAAACAAACACAAAAAUGGUGCGCAAACUAAAAUUUCACGAGCAAAAGUUGCUUAAAAAGGUUGACUUUAUUACCUGGAAAGUCGACAAUAGCAGCAGGGAGAAUAAAAUCCUGCGGCGCUAUCAUAUACAAAAGCGCGAGGACUACACAAAAUACAAUAAAUUGUCGCGUGAAAUUCGAGAACUUACUGAGAAAAUAGCCAGACUAGAUGCAACAGAUCCCUUCAAAGCAGAGGCCACCGAUAUGCUGAUGCACAAACUGCAUGCAAUGGGUGUAGCCAACGACAAUCUUACCUUGGAGAGCGCCAGCAAAACAUCUGCGAGUCACUUUUGUAGGCGACGAUUGCCGGUGGUGAUGGUUAAACUAAGAAUGUCGGAGGGUCUUAAGCAUGCCACAGGCCUCAUUGAGCAAGGUCAUGUUCGCGUUGGACCUGAAGUGGUUAAGGAUCCCGCAUUUCUUGUCUCCCGCAACUUGGAAGAUUUUGUCACUUGGGUCGAUGGUUCCAAGAUUAAGGAGCAUGUGCAGCAAUACAACGAUCUGCGUGAUGAUUUCCAAAUGUAAUAGACUUUAAUACAACUACCACUUAUUUUAGUACAAUAAUAUA